CGAUCUUGUGGAGUGGUCUGUUCUUUUUGUUAUGGCGCGAGAUUUGCAUAGAAUUUUAAAGAGAGUUUAUAUAAAGAGUUGUCGCGCCAUGUCUAGCUAUUGAUGUGACCCUGCAUACCAAUUGUUAUCAUCACCAUAAUCAAUAUUUCAAAAUGGCACCUUCAAGAUACGGAAACGAGGUCGUUGACCCUGCGCCUUUGCUACAACCUCUCGACUAUGUUUUCGCUAAACGACAAGCGCCAAAUCGCUUCCUCAAGGCAGCCAUGUCUGAGAAGCUCGCUACAUGGGACGCCAACGACGUCUCUGCUCGAGGAUAUCCUACACCAGAACUCAUCACCCUUUACAGAAACUGGGGUGCUGGAGGCUGGGGAACCAUCCUAACCAGCAACGUUAUCAUCGACGGCAUCAAUCUCGAAGCCCCUGGCAACCUUGUCAUUCCCGCCGAUGAGCCCUUCGAGGGUCGUCGCUUUGACGGCUUCAAGGAGAUGGCUACUGAAGCCAAGAAGAACGGCAGUCUUUUGAUUGCUCAGGUUUCUCAUGCUGGCCGUCAGGUCGAGGAGUGGAUUAACCCCAACCCCAUUAGUGCAUCAGAUGUUCAGCUCGUCAACUCUGGCAUGACUGGAAGGACUUUCGGUGCUCCUCGACCUGCUACAAAGGCGGAUAUCGCCAACGUCAUCAACGGUUUCGCUCAUGCCGCUGAGUUCCUUGACAAGGCUGGCUUCGACGGUAUUGAGCUUCACGGCGCUCACGGUUACCUAUUGGCUCAAUUCCUUUCUCCUCGCACCAACAAGCGAACCGAUGAGUACGGCGGUAGCCGUGAGAACCGAAUGCGCAUUGUUCUUGAGGUCUUCGCCGAGAUCAAGCGUCGCGUGAGCCCUAACUUCAUCGUUGGUAUCAAGGCCAACUCUGUCGAGUACACCCCUGGCGGUAUUGAUAUCGAGGAUGUCAAGGCCUUUGCCGUCGCUCUCGAGAAUGCCAAGGUCGACUUCAUGGAGCUUUCUGGAGGAAACUAUGAGAAGUUUGCCUUCGCUCAUGAGAGGGAAGAAAACCGAAAGCGAGAGAACUACUUCCUUGUCCAGGCUGAGGAGAUCGUCAAGGUUCUGAAGCGUGAUCUGAAGAUCUUCUCCACAGGAGGUUUCAAGACCAUUAAGGCGAUGGUCGACUCUCUCGAUGUCAUCGAUGGUGUUGGUAUCGGCCGCGCAAGUGCUCAAGAACCCAGACUCGUCGAGACCCUGAAGAAGGUCUCCAUUCCAGGAACUAUUGAGCAAAGAUUCGACCAUGACGACGUCCUCAAGAGGCUUGCUGCAGCUGGAAUUCAAAUCUCACAGAUUGCGAAUAACUUGGAGCCUGUUGAUUUGAGCAAGCAGGAGAAUGCAGAUAGUUUGUGGAAUGAUGUCAUGCAGUACUUCCAGCAGGCUGCUCAAGAUACGGAGCAUAAGCUGUACAAGUGGCCUGCUCUGUCGCAGGUGGCUCAUCCUUAUGGAGAGUUGGAGUUGUAA